AUGCUCAAGAAGAGGUCUUUAUAUCCUCCUCUAUUCUUCUGGAACAACUCCCCCACCUCGACCCCCGAACUCUCGCCGACGUCGUCCUCGUCGGAUAGCGAGUCAGACGAGGACAUGGAAUCGUCUGGCUCGCGCCCGCUGAGUUUAAAUGCCCCGGGCGCGUUCUGUCCCAUGCGACCAACACUCGACGAGGUGCUGGCGAACACGGCACCUGCGCCCUACACCCUCAGCGCGUUUAUGGCGUAUCUCUCCCAAAACCAUUGUCUCGAAACUCUCGAAUUUACCCUCGAGGCCAAGCGGUAUCGCGAGACGUACGAUUCUCUCACUCACCGGUUGCAAGAGUCCCCCAUCGUGACCGAUUGCCCCGAGAGCCAACAUCUGCGCAUGCUCUGGCAGCGCUUGUUGACCGCAUACGUCAUCGCCGGGGCUCCCCGUGAAAUCAAUGUGUCCAGCGAAGUUCGCGAGGAGAUUCUGCGACAAGCGAAUGCGCACACCCCACCGCCGCCAGAGACACUCGACGCUGCAGUGAAGUUGGUUCACGAUUUAAUGGAGGAGUCGAUAUUCAUUCCCUUUCUCAACGCUCAUGCCUCGUCCGCUCAUGUCCUUCCACUCUCCGAGCCGUUGUUUCCCAACGAUGAGGAUGUCACAGUAGUAUCACACUCGAAUCUCGAUGAGCAUGCGGUCAAGAGGGUUCGUUCGAAGGGCAAGCGGCUCUCUCCUAAAUCUUCAAGGGAGUUGGGAUCUCCGAUCUCGUCAGGCCCACCAUCGGGUCACUCGAGCCGCACCAAUUUUUCGCUGAAUGCCGUUACCUCCAUCGGUAAAUCCAGCAACCGAUCUUCCGGUCCGACUUCUAGCACGAGCGGCGAAUCUGGCUCAGCCGCGCUGACCGAUGAUUCGGGCAGUUCGCAAUCCGCCGGGGAGCCCAUGACUCCUCCCACCACACCUCCCUCGAGCGAACCCUACAUGCCGUUGGGGCAUAGCCCGAAGCAUCGUACCGAGAACCCUUGGAAGAAGAUGGGGAUGAAGUUGGGGUUCAAGAAGCGAUCUGCCAACGGAAGCUCGGGGAGUCAGCAUAUGCGAUUCUCCAGCAUGGAUGAAUAA